ACAAAUGAAAAUGCCACCAGCCAGUACAAGAGCAUGGAAAGCUGAGAGAGGAGGCAACAUCUUGAGUGGGGCAGGGUCAGCAAAAACUGAAACAAGAACGCUCCAUGACCGGGGGACCAAUUCUGCUUUCGGACAACUAGUAUGGCUCAGGAGAUUGACUGGUUACACAGUCAGGCAGGCCUUUGCAAAGUAGACCUCUACAGCCCAGACGGAUCAAGUGAUCAAGACCGUAAAGUGAUCUGUUUCGUUGACGUUGCCAGCCUUAAUAUAAAAGACAAAGAGAAACAUAAGAGAGGUAGUAACGUAGCCGACCCUUCCCUUGACCUGCGUAAUCUUGAAGAAAAGGAAGUCAUUGUGAUAAAAGACAACGAGAGAGAUCACCAAACUAACACUGAAGGAGCAGUCUGCCUUUUCAAACAAGGCUCCUCUGAAGAAGUCAACGUUGUGAGCUGGCUCAGCAACGAUCUUCAGAAAUACGCAGUUGGAUUCCAGCAUGCACUAACCCCCUCAGGCCCUCGUAAAUCAGCAUACGGUUCGCCUGCACUUGACAAGAUGUCUCAAAACAGUGAUACAUCCUUCAGGGGCUCUGGUAACCAGAGAGGAGAUGAUCUUUCAUAUUAUGUUAACAAGCUCUGUUCCUUAGUGGUUCAAAUGGCACAUAAAGAAAUGAAGGAUAAAUUUGAAAACAAUGGUAGGUGUAUUCGGCAGUCAAUCCGUGGAUCUAACAGCAAGAUGGGUGAUGACUAUGGUAAAUUAUCCUCUAAGUCAUCCCAUGAUGAUCCCAGAAAAGCAUCACUCUUUUAUGGUGAAAUGAAUCAGUCUAGUCAGAAUGGCUACAGGCAGGGGUCAGACAGACAAAUGUGUGAAAGGAAACAGUCUGGACAAGAUGAUGGUUCUGUAAGCAAAGGACUGAUGGUAUAUGCAAACCAGGUUGCAUCCGAUAUGAUGUUCUCAUUCAUGAAAACAAUGAAAGUACAAAAGGGAAAGCAUCCCCCACCAGCUUGCGUGGUGUUAAAGAAAGUACUCCUCAAACAUACCAAAGAUGUCAUAUCUGACUUAAUUGACUCCACCAUGAAAAACCUUCACAACGUCACAGGCGUGCUCAUGACUGACUCAGACUUUGUGAACACAGUAAAGAAGAACCUUUUCAAUGCAGGAACACAGAAGUCAACUGAAAUUCUGGAAGCAAUGGUGAAACGUUUGUUCAAAGCACUGGCAGGAGGAGAUGAUAAAAAAUCUCAAAGCUUAGCAUUCACAGCACUGAAAGCAGGUACUCACACAGAUUCCAGAACUCAGGGACUCCAGUUUGCAUCACUUAAAGGUGAAAUGCAUGGGGGAGGCAAAGGACAUGGACCGAUGCGGGCCCUUCCAUCUGGAAGCAAGGGCUCAGACAACAAGCACUGUUCAAUGGAUGUGUAUGCGAAAGACCUUAUUGUAACGGCAUUAAUGUUAAUACAGCAGCACCUCCUAGAAAAAAAUAAGGACCAAGGAAUGCGUGAGACAAACACUACAUCAUUUGGCUAUGUCCAUGACAGAUCUGGUGGUUCCAAAUACAAUGCAAGGCAAGGAGGUGGCAGGAUGGAUAACUUGGAAUCACAAAAAGGUGAUAUUUCAAGUAUUCUGUUGUCAAUCAUCCAGAAAGUACUCAGAGAAGCUGGUUUUGCAGAUGAGACUACCUGUGAUAAGGGCUAUAAGCAGCCUCCUUUUGUUGAAAGCAGGCCCCAAAGGGCCUUAUCAAAAUCAAGUGGAGGGAGUGACAUGUAUGACAUGGAACAGAUAAACAAGCAGUUUAUUGACCAGCUGGUGGAAUCUGUAAUGAAGUUGUGCAUGCUGAUGGCUAAAGGAAGUGACUCUGAGGGACGAUGUGGGAGACCAUUAGGUGGUUCAGGCUCCGAAGUGAUUGUCAAUAACCAGAACUCUAACAAUAGUGUACAAAACAGAGAGCUGCAAGCUGUGCUCCAGUGGUUGGUUGCUUCACAAUUCAAUGUGCCAAACCUGACAUUCAUGAAUGAGCAAGAUGGGGAGCUGUCCAGACUUCCUCAGCUGGCUGAAAAAGCAGCCAAGAAGGGAUACAGUGUGGGAGACAUAGUUCAGGAGAUAAUGAGGUACUACGAGAAACAACAAAUGGAUGCCAUGUCGGGACGCAUGCCUCGGUGUGGACUAAUUGAUUGGCUGCUUGCUAACCUGUAAGAACCAACUCUUCCCUCUCAUGUUACACUCACGUUCCCAGCCCAGGCGCCCAAACCAUUCUUUCUGGCGCAAAAGACACCAUCACCGCAGCCCCAUUGCAAGCAACAACGCACUGAACUGGGGCAGCUGGGCAAGCUCAUCAAUAAAAAGGAAUAAAAAAAAGUGA